AUGGCCACGGGCAACCCUCGCAACAAGGUGGCCCUGGCGCCGGGCCGAUCGCUCAUGGACUGGAUCCGGCUCACCAACAGCGGUGUCGACCUGACGGGCGUGGGCGGCCGGCGGCGAGAGGUCACCAAGGACGAGCUGGCGCGCCACAGCCGUCCCGGCGACCUGUGGAUGGCGCUGCGCGGCCAGCUCUUCGACUCGGUGCACCGCUGGGUCAACUACGAGGGCAUGCUCAGCAAGUGUCUGGUGGGCAAGUACGUCGGCGAACAGUCGUUGGCCAAGUCGCUGAUCCGCAAGGCGCUGGGUAGCCCCCAGCAGCUGCACCUCAUCACCUACUGCCGGCAGCCGGGGCUGACCGCUGACGACGUGAGCGUGCGACUGACGGGCCGCCGGCUGCUGUGCCGCGUCUACCUGCGCGACUCGGUGUUCACGCUGCACUGGGAGCUGCCGGAGGACGUCAGUCCGGACUCUCAGACCUCCGUGUCGCCGGCCGGGAAGGUGGAGAUUGUGCUGGAGAAGCGGCGCGCCGCCCAGUGGGCCAGCACGGGCCGCGUGCUGGCCGGACACCGCACCAGCACGCCGCUGGCCCAGUUCUGCCCCGAGUUCGUGUCGUUCGUGCUGGUCGAGCGGCGGCCGGUGAGCCACGACACGCGCCUGCUGCUGCUGCAGCCGCCGGCCGGCUGCUCGCUGCGGGUGCCGCUCGGUUUCCACGUGUUCGUGCGGCGGACGGUGUGCGGCGCGCAGCUGGAGCGGCCCUACACGCCCGUGCCGGAGAGCGUGGGCGAGGUGGCGUCGGCGGCGGCCGAGCGUCAGCUCUGUCUGAUGGUGAAGGUGUACCCGGACGGCGUGCUGACGCCCCAGCUGGACGCGCUGCGGCUGGGACAGACGCUGGAGGUCAGUGAGCCGGUGGGCACGUUCCGCCGCCGGCCCCAGGACGUGGCCGAGCUGGUGGCGCUGGCGGCCGGCACCGGGCUGACGCCGAUGGUGGGGCUGGUGCGCGCCGUGCUCGACCAGUCUGCGGAGGCGCCCGUCCGACUGGUGACGUUUGUCCGCCGGCAGCGCGACCUGCUGUGGCCCGACCAGUGGGCGGCGCUGGCCGAGCGCCAGGCGCGCUUCAGCGUACUGCACGUGCUCUCGGAGGAGGAGGCGGAGAGCGCGUGGAGCGGCCGGCGCGGCCGGGUUCGGCUUCUGGCAGAGCUCGGGGUGCCCGGCCAACAGGUCCACGUGUUUGAUGGCUAG